AUGCGGUACCAGCUCAGCGGGCGGGCGGUGAGACGGUCGGCGCGGCCACUGGCCUGGCGGCGGGUAACGGGCCGGGCCGGGGUGGCCGCGGCGCCGCCGCCGUCACCGGGUCGCCGCUCAGAGCGCGCGGCACCGCGGCGGCCAGCGGACGGACGGCAGCGCGGCGAGCGGCGAGCGGCAGCGGCGAGCGGCAGCGGCAGCGGAGAGCGGCGAGCGCAGCAGGGCAUCGAGCACAGGCCACCGGAGCAGGUGGGCGGCUGUGACGUCACAGCGCAGCACCGAGACGCCGAGCCAGUGAGCCCACUCGGGCUGACUCACACCAUGGGCGCCGCCCGGCUGCUGCUACUGCUGCUGGUCGUCGGAGCCGGAGCCGGAGCCGGAGCCGUCCCGGAGGCGGCGCUGGAGGCCUCCGGGGCCGGUCCGGACCCGCCGGCCUCCGCCCAGGGCCCCAGCCAGCCAGCCGAGCCGGCGCAGCGCACUGUGGACGCGCCGCCGCCCGAGCACCAGCUGCCAGCCAGCCGCCCUGCCACAGCCGGACUCUUCGCAAAUGUGCUGCGGCUGAGCCGGCCCGGUGAGAGCCCCGGCUGCCCGGGCAGCUGCUACCACGCCCUGGCCGCGCUCAUCCACUGUCAGACGGUGCUGGAGGACAAGCCGUGUCCGCAGCCGGCCAUGCGCUGCUGUCUGGGCGCCGAACAGCAGCGGCGCAACACGCCAGCCGCUGGCACAGCGCACACGGCCAACACGGAAGCGUCUGCGCCGAGCACGCCGUCACCAGCGGUGGCUGAGCGGCAGCCGCCGGCCGACCGGCUCACCGACGGCCCGGCCGGCGCGCCGCAGCCGCAGCCCUACUCGGCUCCGGGUGGCACCACCAUCUGCCCGGGCGUCUGCGUGGCGCGCCGGAUUGCCGACUAUUGCGACGCGGCGCUGGACCUGCCGGGCGUGUGCUCCAGCGACCAGCGCUGCUGCGUGCCGGCCGACCUGUUUGACGGCGUGGACCAGGCACCAGAACAGUUUGUCAUCCUCGGGAAAAAGCCGGAAACCGCCUCUGCCGAGUCUGAGCCGGAGCCGCAGCAGGAGUCCACUGCAGCUUCUUCCUCCGUGAAGAUUCCAGAGAAGAAAAAGUGCGCUGGCCAGUGCGUGACGGGACUGUUUUCUUAUCUAUGUGACCGCGUGGACAACACGGUCAAGUGCAACAACGGUGGCCGCUGUUGCGUGUCUCGCUCCAGCGCCAACAAAGACCCCGAGCCGACUACCACGCUUAAGCCGAGGCCCGAAGACAAGUGUCCUGGCAUUUGCAUGCCCGGCUUCAUGGCUGCCUACUGCAAGGCACCGGCCUUCCUCAUGACCGACAACAAGGGCUGCAGCGGCAGCCAGGUUUGCUGCAACAACCAGGGCGACAUCAACAAGGAGGAUGGGCUCAAACCAGCCAAGCCUCCGCGGCCUGCCGGCGUCGGCGCAUCCCCCAUCGGCGCCCUCCUCAAUCAGGCGCUGGGUGCCGCUGGCGGCGGCGGCGGCGGCGGCGGCGGCGGCCUCAUCGGCCAGCUGGCGCCGCUCGCCGCCUCGCUGCUGAGCGGCGGCGGCGGCGGCGGCGGCGGUGGCGGCGGCGGCGGCGGCCCGGCUGGUCUCGUUCAGGCCGUGCUGCCUGCUCUGCUGGGCGCGGGCGGCGUCAGCAAUAGGCCGGCCCGGCCGCCGCCGCCGCCACGGCCGGACCGUGUGGACGCCAGUCAGCGGCCGGGCCGGCCGCCGGCGCCGGCCCAGCCGGUCGACCCGCGUCCGCUCUGUCCCGACACGUGCAUCGGGCCCUUCCUCUCCUUCACAUGCUUCAGUAGUGCAGAGAUGACCGACCUCUUCAAGUGCCCGUCCAAGAAGGAGCGGUGCUGCGCCAAAAAGUCCAACAUUCGCCGAUUGCAGCAGCAGCAGCAGCAGUACUAUAAUACCGGCGUUGAGUACCCAGAGUACCCGGAGCAGUACCCGGCGCCGCCUGCCGAGUACCCGGAGCAGUACUCGGCGCCGCCUGCCGAGUACCCGGAGCAGUACCCGGCGCCGCCUGCCGAGUACCCGGAGCAGUACCCGGCGCCGCCUGCCGAGUACCCGGAGCAGUACCCGGCGCCGCCUGCCGAGUACGGACCGGGACCAGAGUACCAGGCUGGCCUGCCCUCCCGCAUCGAUGGCGGUCCAGGCCACAUCCAGGUCUUCCAGACGCCGCCGCCGCCGCCAGCGCACCAGCACACCAAUAAGUACGUGUGCGGCGUCAAGGGGGCGCCGGCGCGCAGCGCCCGCGUCGUCGGCGGCACGGACGCCACGGCCGGCGAGUGGUGCUGGCACGUGGCGCUCAUCAACUCGCUCAACCAAUACUUGUGUGGUGGAGCGCUGAUUGGCACCCAGUGGGUGCUGACGGCAGCCCACUGCGUCACCAACAUCGUGCGCUCGGGCGAUGCCAUCUACGUGAGGGUCGGCGACCACGACCUGACGUCCAAGUACGGUUCGGAGGGUGCGCAGACGGUGCGCGUGUCCACCACCUACAUACACCACAACCACAACUCGCAGACACUCGACAACGACAUCGCCUUGCUGAAGCUGCACGGCCAGGUGGAGCUGAAGGAGGGCGUGUGCUUGGUGUGUCUGCCGGCGCGCGGCGUCGAACAGCCGGCCGGCAGCCGCUGCACCGUCUCAGGAUAUGGCUACCAGGGCGAGACGGGUCCCAUUCCGCUGCGCGUCAGGGCCGCUGAGCUGCCCAUAGUCUCCGACAACGAGUGUGUGCGCAAAAUCAACGCCGUCACCGAGAAGAUAUUCAUCCUGCCGGCGUCCAGCUUCUGUGCGGGCGGCGAGCAGGGACACGACGCGUGCCAGGGUGACGGCGGAGGGCCACUGGUCUGCAACGUAGACGGCUAUUACGAGCUCUCCGGCAUGGUCAGCUGGGGUUUCGGAUGCGGCCGACAGGAUGUCCCCGGUGUGUACGUGAAGGUUUCCGCCUUCAUCGGCUGGAUCAACCAGAUCAUCAGCGUCAACAACCUGUGACCUGGCCAGCUGGCUGGUGCCGGCGCAGUGCCGCGGGUGGCUCCUAUGGUGCCGUUCAGCACCAGCCCAUGGACAGCGGCCGCCGGCCGGCAGGCAGACGACCCGGGUCGGACACGGUCUGGCCGCAGCCCUCACCGGUCAGCAGGACUGGCCUGGGUGUGCGCUAGUUUAAAGGCUCGCCCAGCUCCAUCCGCUCGAUCUGUCUUGGACAAAUGAAGAUAGAGGCGUGCUGGGCGGCCAUGCGGUGGUGUGGCGCCCGGGUCUCGGUGCGCCGAGUGCGACAAUAUAAGGAGCGCCAGCAGUGACCGCAGUGACUGGGCAGCCACCGCAGGAGUAGCACCAGUGACACGCCGCGCCGCGCGCACAAUGGCCACAAUGCCAGCCAGUCAACUCAACACCUUGGUGCAUGCUUCCAGCGCGGAAGGGAACAGAGGUACCGGAGCCGCUGUGCCAGCGGAGCCGGCAGCUGUGUGUGCCGCCAGCUGUGUGUGGUUUCUGCAGCCGUGUGUCGGGGCGCUGUGCCAGCGGAGCCGGCAGCUGUGUGUGCCGCCAGCUGUGUGUGGUUUCUGCAGCCGUGUGUCGGGGCGCUGUGCCAGCGGAGCCGGCAGUGUGUGUGCCGCCAGCUGUGUGUGGUUUCUGCAGCCGUGUGUCGGGGCGCUGUGCCAGCGGAGCCGGCAGUGUGUGUGCCGCCAGCUGUGUGUGGUUUCUGCAGCCGUGUGUCGGGGCGCUGUGCCAGCGGCGCCGGCAGCUGUGUGUGCCGCCAGCUGUGUGUGGUUUCUGCAGCCGUGUGUCGGGGCGCUGUGCCAGCGGAGCCGGCAGCUGUGUGUGCCGCCAGCUGUGUGUGGUUUCUGCAGCCGUGUGUCGGGGCGCUGUGCCAGCGGAGCCGGCAGUGUGUGUGCCGCCAGCUGUGUGUGGUUUCUGCAGCCGUGUGUCGGGGCGCUGUGCCAGCGGAGCCGGCAGUGUGUGUGCCGCCAGCUGUGUGUGGUUUCUGCAGCCGUGUGUCGGGGCGCUGUGCCAGCGGCGCCGGCAGCUGUGUGUGCCGCCAGCUGUGUGUGGUUUCUGCAGCCGUGUGUCGGGGCGCUGUGCCAGCGGAGCCGGCAGCUGUGUGUGCCGCCAGCUGUGUGUGGUUUCUGCAGCCGUGUGUCGGGGCGCUGUGCCAGCGGCGCCGGCAGCUGUGUGUGCCGCCAGCUGUGUGUGGUUUCUGCAGCCGUGUGUCGGGGCGCUGUGCCAGCGGCGCCGGCAGCUGUGUGUGCCGCCAGCUGUGUGUGGUUUCUGCAGCCGUGUGUCGGGGCGCUGUGCCAGCGGAGCCGGCAGCUGUGUGUGUGUGUGUAUUGGGGCUGCGGGCUGCGGUAUCGGGGCGCCGGCCGCCGGCCGCCGGGCAGGUGUACUGUUGAUCCGGCCGGCCAAGUACCUAUAGCUGGCUGGUCUGGACGUCCGUCCAUCCGACCACGUGUUGAGGCUCGUUUGUACGUUGCAGUGAGAAACAUUGAAGAAACUUGGGCGUGUGCCUAAGCUGUCCCUUGGCGACUUCAGAUGAUGUAGGUAGCGACGAUAUUGUUUUGCACGAAAACUGACACUGAGAUAAGUGUAGCCGUGAAUACUUGGGGCGUCACCAAAGCAGUAAGUGGCAUUACUUUCAGCCAAAGGACACAGGCUAGCCUCAGGACGUGGUGCUUGCGAUUGUGAUUAUUAUGUUGGUAUGAUGUCUGCAUCUCUACCGAUUCUGCAUCCCUACUGGCCGCCGGGACCGCUGGUUGUGCCCCCGGGCGAGUGUGCGCCGGCAGCCGGUCAGCUGGCACUGGCGGGGCGCGGCAGUUGGAGCCGGACAUAGGCCACUUUCGUACGUUUCGCUCGUGUCCAAUACACGGGAUCGCUGUC